AUGGCGACGGCUCCGCUUUACUGCGUCUGCCGGCAGCCGUACGACGUGAACCGGUUUAUGAUAGAAUGCGACAUUUGUAAGGACUGGUUCCAUGGCAGCUGUGUCCAAGUGGAGGAACACCAUGCGGUGGACAUUGACGUUUAUCACUGCCCGAACUGCGAGGGCCAACACGGAUCCUCCCUGAUGAAGAAAAGGAUCAACUGGCACAGGCACGACUACACAGAGCCGGAUGAUGGCAGUAAACCUGUGCAGGCUGGCACCCGGGUGUUUGUGCAGCAGCUCCAGGCCAAGACAUUUGCCAGUGCCGAUGAAAUCCUGAUAUGGAUGCAGGGCAGUCAGGUGACCCAGCGCUAUCUGGAGAGACACGGUUUCCGCUACCCCGUUGCUGUGUCUCAAAAGGAGGGGCUCGGCCUUCAGCUUCCCCCGUCAGACUUUUCUGUUAAGGAUGUGGAACAAUAUGUCGGUGGUGACAAAGUGAUUGACGUCAUUGAUGUGGCCAGACAAGCAGACAGCAAGAUCAAACUGAAAAACUUUGUCAAAUAUUACUACAGCAUUAAAAAGCCAAAGGUGCUCAACGUCAUCAGCCUGGAGUUUUCCGACACCAAGAUGUCAGAGCUGGUGGUUGUGCCCGAUAUUGCACAGAAGAUGUCGUGGGUGGAGAACUACUGGCCUGAUGACUCCUACUUCCCUAAACCCUUUGUACAGAAGUAUUGCCUGAUGGGAGUAAAGGGCAGCUACACUGAUUUCCACAUAGACUUUGGGGGCACGUCAGUCUGGUACCACGUGCUCUGGGGGGAGAAGAUUUUUUACUUGAUCAAACCCACCCCAACCAACCUGGCUCUGUACGAGGAGUGGAGUUCCUCCCCCAACCAGAGCGAGGUGUUCUUCGGGGAGAAAGUGGACAAGUGCUACAAGUGUGUUGUUCGACCGGGAACCACCCUCUUUAUACCUACAGGAUGGAUUCAUGGCGUUUUGACCUCUGAGGAUAGCAUGGCAUUUGGAGGGAACUUCCUCCAUAACCUAAACAUCGGCAUGCAGCUGAGGUGUUACGAGAUGGAACGGCGACUGAAGACUCCCGACCUCUUUAAGUUUCCUUAUUUUGAGGCCAUAUGCUGGUAUGUGGCCAAGAACCUACUGGAGACCCUGAAAGAGCUACGAGAAGAUAACUGUUUGCCUCCUGAUUACUUGGUGAAGGGAGUAAAAGCUUUGAUUACUGCGCUGAAGAACUGGCUAAGGAGAGAGGUCACCGAGCCUGCCAGUGAGGUCCCUGAUCAUAUCAGACCCAACCUGCUUGUUAAAGAGCUCACCAAGGAAAUACGCCACCUAGAGGAAGAUCAGAGCACAAAUAAUGGACACAAGCCUGUCAAAUCUCAGGCCACCAUAACAUGUCCAUCCACGAGGUUAUCACAGGAUAGAGUGUCCCAUCCCCGCAAGAACGGCAGACGUCUUCGGCACCACCAUCACCACCACCACUCUGAAGGCCCUAAACUGCCUUCUAACCUGGAUAUUUUUGAUCAGCACACUCAGGAGGUUCUGAAAAAGCUGGAGAUGGGCCCUAUUGAGGAUGAUUCAGGUUUCAGUCUAAAAGUGAACGCUAAGUUUAACAUGGUGUCCACAGCCUCAGCUGCUGCUGCUGGGAGUAAACUGGACAACCACCUGCACCUGGUUCUGUGUAACGGUCGUAUCGUUAGAGAUGAGAGGUUGCAUGUUCAGGAAAUGAAUGAUGCAGCCAAGGAAAGUCUGAGGUGUUCAGUAAAGGUUAAGACAGAUGUAAAUGUGGAAGACCAGGAGAAACAGGCCUUUACAACACACCAUGAGAAGCUUGGUCAUCUCACAGAGGUUCAUAAGAAAGAGAGUCCAGAGCUCAGAAAUGGGAAAUCAGGAUGUGCAGAUGCUUCAUUAGACUCGGAUUCAGAGGAUGAUUGUGUUACACAGAAAAAGCAGCGGUCAUCUGGAGAAACCUCUGAUAGUUUCUCAAGUGAGGAAGAGGACAAGGAGGUGGUAAGAAAGAAAGAAGUCUCACCUAAGAAUUCACCCAAGAGCAGCUCCAGCAGAAUAUUGAAUUCUUUCCAGCAGCUGGAUCACAACAGCAAGCAUUCUGAAAGAGAACACCUCAGCUCCCCCAGUGCAGAGGAUGAUGCUAUUCAGGGGAUGCUGACUAUGGCAGGGCUGAUGUAUCCUCACUCAUCAGAGGAGGCCACUCAUUCCCAGGAGUCCUGGUGGUCCAGCACCGGCCAGCCUUCCCCAGACUACAAUGGAAAGGAACCAGUGUCAGGGGACGAGAACCCAGAUUCAGACAGCAAUUCCACAAUCAGCAGUCAGGAUGAGCGGAGGGGUCUAAAGCACCACAGCAAGGACAACUGGACUGAGCUGAGCCAGAGGUUUCAGGAGAGACAGAGCUUUAUGGACAGUCAAGGCAGUGGCAGCAACAGCAGUGAGGGCUGGGGCAGCCACUCACUUUCUCCUGAGGCUGGAGAAAGUCUUGAAUCACACUACCAAUACUGCGAGACCUCUCUUUCCCCACCACUUCAUCCAUCAAAUAGGCCUGCCACCAACCCUCCACCAAUCAGCAACCAGGCCACCAAAGGGAAACGGCCAAAGAAAGGCAUGGCCACAGCAAAACAACGACUGGGGAAGAUUCUCAAACUCAACAGACAUAAACAGUUCUUCGUGUAGCACAAAAGCGUUCUCUACCUGUGUGCACAAGUUGGGAAAACAGACUUUCAUGAUCUGUAAGGUGACAGGGUAUUUAUAUAAAGCACAGUUCUAAACACUGAAUGCAUCAAAAUCAUGGUGAUUUUAAACACCACAUACAGUUUCUUCUAGUGACC